CCGCCGCAUCUGGGUGAGCGCGGCUUCGCUGCUGCGCCGGAGUCCUCUCAGAUCUUGAGGCGUAUGGAACCUGAAGGUCUUUGUGAUAAUGGAAACCAAAAAAUUGAUUGGGAAACCACUUCAACCAGCAAGACCUGCUCGUCAUCUGACUUCUCCCCCUGAAGCAGUAUUCCCUUUCACCUUUCAAAAUGAAUACCCAUGCAACACUCAGUGCUUACAAAGUGGAGUUAGCAGAUGUAAGACAAAUGGAAUGCAAGCUGUUUCUCAAGGUCUUAAUGAACAACAGCAACAUCAGUCUCCAGUUAAAAAAGAGAGAAUCAAAUACAGCAGAGAUUUCCUGUUGAAGCUCUCAAGUGUUUCCAUAUGCAGGAAAAAACCAGACUUUCUGCCUGAUCAUCCCAUUGUACUUCAAAAACCAGAAGACAACCAAAGUUUUAAGUAGCAUUUUAAGAACAGAUGAAUUUGAAGAUAAAGAAUUAUUCGUUUUAUAUUUCGGACACCUACAAAUCAAGUGGCUCUAGUAACAGUAACUGUAACGAACUGUAACAAUUCAAUUUAUUUUUAAUUUUGAUGGUUGAGUAUUUGGUUUCUCCUAAAAUUAGAGAUGUUUUAAACUAUAAAGAAUUUUUCUAAUCAGUUUGUUUUGCAGGCAGUUUCCUGCAUAAAUUGGGAAGUAACACUGCAAAGUAAGAAUUUGGCUAAUGAAGUGGGAAGACUGUGUAUUUAAAAUUUGCAUGCCACUUGCAAUUUUUUGUUUUCCAUCACUUGUAAUAACGGAAAUGUAAGCUGUAAAGAUUCUCAGAUAUAAACUAUUUGCUACGAUGUAUAUAUGGUACAUAAUUUUUUGUUGCUUCUAAAGUUGCUUUUGUUCUGUUUCCCACUGAUUUCAUACCAGCCUUUGAAAGGAUAUUUACAGUCUUUCCAGAGGCUUAGAACAAUUCAGGAUGUUCAAUGCCUAGUUCUCAAUGACAGGAGGGAGAAUAUUUUAAUAGGCAUUUCUUUUCAAAUAUAUGGUUGGUCUCUAGAUUUUUAAAUAACAUUGUCUAAGAUUCAUAAUUACUAGCAGAGAUUGACAAUUUGGAAACAAUGGUAGUGAAUGAAACUGAAAGUGAAAAAUAGCUGCUACUUGUGUCACUAAUCAGACCACAUGAACAGUUGAAGUUGAACUGCAAAAUAAAACUAGUAUUUUUAUUUCCAAAAGAGGAAAAAUUUAGGCAUUUGCAAAUAAUUGAGGUGCAUUAAGUUUCAAUUCUAUAAUUUCUUAUAACAAGAACAUGGAUGGAUGAAGAAUUUUUGGGCUUAAACUUUUAGCACCUAGAAAUUUUAUACAAUAAAUCUCCUUCACUUUGUUACUCUGGAUGUUACUGUUAAAAAAUUUUUUUCUUGCAAAGGGUCAAAAAAUUGAUAUAAAAGAUAAGUGUAAAUCCUCUGUACUUCUGUUCUCUCAGAUUCUCUCAGAUCUCUGGGUCUGCUGGCAAGGCAUUCAAGGCCAUCAUUUGACAGAAAGUUUAUUUUAAACUGAAUUCUGAACUCCUAAAACUAGCACCUUUUUCCUUACUGGUCUUUGGGCUUAUUACCCAGAUUCAGGCUUUAGUCCAUGGUAGGUUUCCCAGCUUGGUCUUUUAGUAUCCUAAUUUUCAUUACUUUGUUCCACAGGGGAAAAAAAAACUUCAUUAACCGUAAAUUUAUCGGUUACCUCACAAUGAAAUAUUUAUAUCUAGGGCCCAGUUUUUUCAUUUGUUUUUUGCCGUAUUAUUUUCCCUUUACAUUAUAGAUUCCACUGUAUGUUUGUGAGUAUACACACGUUCUCACACACAUACAUAAAAAUAUAUGUAUAAUUUUAGAUCUGGAGUCAUCUCAAUAAAAAAAAUUAAAAAAAAGAGCUGGAGUCAGAAUUGCCAUAUAAUUAAAUUGGUUUGCUCUAUUAUUUGCCUAUCCUCAAGGUCUUUUGAUUCUGGUUAAAAACCUAUGAUAGAACCUUUUCCAAUUGGGAAUCUAAAGAACCCUUCCACUUAGCACUUUUACUGAGGGCAGAACCCUUUUAAAGUCAUACUACCCUGCUACUUUAGAAACUGCCUAGUACGCAAAAGACUUGAUGUACUUUCUGAAUCUGAUACUUGAAAUGGACCGGCCAUAACAAUGUUUUGACUCGCUGUAAUUUGUAUUUUUGAAAUUAUUUGUAACCAUUUUCAAGAAGAGUUUGUAUGUCAGAAAUCCCCUAAGUUUCAAAGUCUUUUGAUCCUUUCUUUCUGUAUAUAAUCAGAAUGAGACUACAAAGACUUUUAUUAUCUAUUUGCCUUUGUACAUAGCUUGUUUGAAUAAUCAUUGUAUAUCUCCAUUAAUGUUUUUCUUUGCUUUGUAUACAAAUUAAAAGAGUUGA